AUGACCUCUGGGGCUCCUGCACCCAAAGCCCUCCCUCCUCCCCCUUCUUCCCCCGCCGAGAAGAUGAAGAAAAUCCUCGGCACGCUUGCCAUCUUCGGCUACUUCCUCUCCCUCCCAAUCCUUGCCUUCGGCAUCUGGCUCCUCGCCACCCGAGAGUACGAGUGCGAGAAUCUCCUGCAAAUGCCGGCAAUGCGGAUAGGCAUCGGCGUCGGGCUGCUGUUCCUCUUUGUGACCAGUAAUGUUGUGGUAUACUAUGGGAGACGGGUGCUGAUGCCCGGGCACACGAUACUGAGCGUCGCGCUGGUGGUGAUGCUGACGGUGGGGCUGUCGCUGGUUGGCACGUACAGGAUGGAGGCCAGAGGAGUGCCGGCAUCGCCGAUGUGGCUGCGGGGGAGGGUGGCGAGAGGCGAUACAUGGAACAACAUCAAGACAUGCCUCUCUGACAACGGCAUAUGUGCCGAAUUGACCUACAAGACGAUCCAGCUCACCUCGUACGAAUUCAGCAUGGUGAAGCUCUCUGCUAUCGAGGUAAGAUGA